AUGGCGGAGGGGGAGAGCAGGGCGGAAUGGCUUCGCAUCGGCGACAAGCUGGCGCUGUUCUCGGAGAAAGUCCAUGGCUUCCUCGUAGCCGACGGCUUCAUCGACGACUCCGUCCAUGCCUCCUUCCUUGACGCGCAGCAUCCGGUUCCUAGAGACUUCGAGUGCUGUUUGUUCCAGGUGGAGGUGAAGAUGGCCUACUUCGAGCAAGAGAAGCUGAACAAGUUCAUGACUAGCAUUGGAAUUCAAUCCCUUGAUGAGCUGGAGCAGCUGCAGGGUCCGCCGCUGAAAACGGCGACGUCCAUGUUGAUCGCCGCGUCCAAGGAGGUCCAGAGGAACAGAGAAGACUCGGAGUUCUAUGCUGGUAGAACAGUCCGGUAUGGGCAGACGUUCCAGCUGAAGCAUGUGCGGUCCUGCAAGUACCUCACAGUAAUGUACUCGAGCGCUGGGGACGUUGGGAGUGAAAACCACGUAGAGAUCCGGCUGACGGAUGGAGGGAUGGGCUCCUACUUCAAGCUGCAGUCUCAUCACGCGAUGAAAGAGAGCUCCGAGCCCGUGUCCAACAAGGACUACGUCGAGAUCGUCCCUGAGAUGCUCCCGCACCUCUCGCUGGGGUUCCGGUCAAUGCGGGGGGUGAUGCCGGAUUCCGACAAGCACUCGCUCUUCGAGCAGACAGUCAGUUGCAACGUCGAGGGACAGACCUGGUUCGUCUCUCGGUAUCACUCGUACCAGUCGUAUGAGGAGAAGCCAGCUCAGGCUGAUGUCAACUUAACAUCCAAGGUUGAGGCUUCACCUGAGGAUUUGCUGGAGAGAGAGCAGAGGAUUCCUUUGAACAGCGGGCAGGUCAUUCGGUUGCUUCAUCAAGAUUCAGAAUCUUUUCUUGCGGUGGAGCCUGUUGAGACCGGCAGCCACGCCGCAAGGAACAUUCAGCAUGUGACCUUGGAAGCGUCCAGGGGGUUUGGAAUGCCAGGGUUUUCCCUGAACCCCCGUGAAAACCCUGGGACUGCAUACAGCCUGUGGAUGGUGGAAAAUGUUGACCCCACGCUAUCGAAGCAGUUGAAGAUUGGUUCCCAACUGAGGUUGAGGAACAUCGCCACGGGAGGGUACUUGUUCUUGGCGAGCAACAAUGUCAACGCUGGUUGGGGCACGGCAAGGAAAGGGAGCACGUUGAGCGCCACCAUGUUUGACCCGACCGCGUUGUCGAGCUUCAUCGUGCUGUGUUCAGAAGAGAAGCGAUUGUUUGAGUCCUCCAGGUCUCUCCUCUCCAUCUGUGCUCACUUGCAGAAGAAAUCUGACGACCAAGAUUUGAACCUGUACAAGAACUCUUCCGCCCACUUUCGUUUCGACCAUCUUGAGACCCACUAUCAACAAUACCAGGCCCCGAAUCUCGAUGACUCGGCAAACGGCCAGAAUGCGCAGAGGAUGUCAGGGAAAAUCGACGGAGGAAAAGGGAAUCAUCUGGACUUCCUGAACAAGAUCCAGAACCAGAUCGGAGCAGGUCUGGACUUGUUGGGUGUUGGGGCUGCCAGCAAGGAUGUGAAGGAGAGCAAAGAGGAGACGAAGCGGAUGUCAGGGAACCAGGGGGUCUCGGAGUCCGUGGAGGGCUGGCUGCAUGUGGGGAAGAGGAGCAACUCGCAGGAGUACAUGGUGAGCGUGUGGCCGGAGCUGGAGGAGCUGGACGGAUGGGUCGUGCUGCCGGCUGACCAGGAGGAGAUCAACGACGUGAAUCAUGUGGUCUCAGUGAACAAGAGGGUAAUUGACUAUGUCAACCUGAUCAGGUCGAGGAGGAGCAUCCCGACCAAGGAGACUAACGAGAUGUACGGGGUCUUCAAGAGGCUCCAGAGGUUCCUCACAGUGCCCAGCAGCAAGCUGUCCUGGUACUCCGACGACGCGCAGUCUGCGGACCAAGUGAUCCGGCGGCAAGGGAUGCUGCUGGACUUGGGGACUGUCGAGUCGCUCGUUGACCUCGUUGGGAUGCAUCGGAUCCUCCCGGACGUCAGUCACGCGCAUCUCAUGGUAGCGCCAGACCUCCAGCAGCUCCGCGAACUCUUCGUCAAUGUCUUCCAAGUCCUCCUGCACCUCGUCAGGGGCAACCAGCUCAUCGGCCUCUACCUCUCCUCCCGCGUGACCGAGCUCCUGCAGCCUCUGCUCUGCUCGGUACCCCCGGGUGUGGACGAGUCAAAGUUGACCUACCUCAACGUGCUUCUGGAGCUGAUCCUUGAGAUCUACAAGGACUCGCCAACGGCCAUCUCUCACCUCGACAAGUCCUGUAUCGACACCUUCCCCCAGCUCUUUGCCAGCUCGUCGAGCCUUUGGCGGCACUCCCGGCUGUUUCAAAUCCUGUCCUCCUUCUGCACCUACCGCUCAAGGUCCUCCCUGGCGACCACCUCCCGCGCCAACGACCCGAGGAUCAGCGGAGACGUGGUGGCAGUGCCAGACAACCAGCUAGCGGUUAAGGACGUGAUCUUGACCCACAGCCGUCUCCUGCCCUCCCUCGAGCUGAGAGGGGAGGAGGUGAUGGUGAAGCACGCCUUUUCAGGGACUGACGACCACGUGCCGUUGGAAGGUUGGCUGGCAGAUGUGGAGGGGAGGGUCGAGUUCUUCAACUCCUACCUCGACCUUCUCUCCUCGAUGGUGUGCGGGAGGAUCGAAGUGACCAAGUCUACCAUCGCCCAGCUGGAGGAGAAGAACUUUCUUAGCUUCUCCGUGGUCUCUGCUGCGAUGAUGUCUGGGCGACUGCCGACCAGCAUGCGGUCCUGCUUCGUGUCGCUCAUGGUGAACGCAUACCUGGACCUUCCGAUGUUGGAGGAUCGCUGCAGGAUCAAGAAGGUGUACUUCUGGUCCUCCCUAGACGCACCCGCCAGCCAGUUCUCGCUGCCGAGAGGCGUCAACCUUGCGGCCAUGACUGUCCUCCAGGGUUUCUGCCUGCACUUCAUCGAGUCGAUGGACUUUGUGAUGGGGGAGGACCAGGAGGACGACGGGCUGCUGAUACAGGUGCUCAAGCUUCUGUACUUCCUCGUCAAGUAUGGCUUCUUCUCCCGUUGCAUGUCCGACUGGAUGGACGUGGAGGUACCGCCUCCCGUCGACAUCCUCUGUGAGUACCUCCGGUCGAGGGUACGAGCCAUGUGCUCGAAGCAGUCCCACCUCCACCACCUCCAGGAGUUCUGCAGGAAGACUCUGCAGGUCCACAUUCUCGCCCAGCCCCUGACCCUCCUCCUGGACAACCAUGUGAGGGAGAGGAGGGCGAGGAAGGAGGAUGGAGCAGAGGUGAUCUUCGAUCAAGCCUCCGAGCUCAGCAACGCAAGGGUCGACGAGUGUUACAAGUGGAGCUGCCAGAUCCUGGACCUGAUCCUCAACUCCUUGGUUAAUAUCAGAGUCCAGCUGAGCCUCAAGGUGUUCGAGAAGGACCUGCUGCAGGGCAAGAGAUUCGGGGAUGCCCCGGUCGCCGGCAGCUCGGCGAGGAGAAGCAACAAGGUCGUGGUACACAGGGCGGAUUUCGAGGAGAUCUUCAUGACGAUCGCUCUGGAUACCUCCUUCCUCGCCUCUAACCUCCUGCAUUUCGUUUCCGAGAGGGAGACGGAGGACGACGGCCUAGCCAACAUCAUCCUCAUCCUCAUCCUCCGCCUCUUCGGGCAGAGGUCUGAGGUGAUCAACGCGCUGAAGGACGUCCAGAUUCUCAACGAGCCUUACAUGCUACAGUACUUCAAAGACACCUCCAACCUCGCCGACCAGUUCGCCUCCUCCAUCUCCAUCCUAUCCUCCAUCGAGAAGAGGCUGAUGGACGUGGUCGACAGCCACAACGAGCUCAAGAGGAAGGAGUUCCAGGCCAUGAUCGCCAACGAGCUGGAGGAGGAGGAGGAGGUCUCACAGUCGCCGCUCAGCGUCAGAAAGUCGCUGCCGUUUGCGCUGCGGAGGGAAGCGGAGGAGAAAGUCGUGGUGAAGAACUUCUUCGACGCGCUGGAAGCCACGGGCAACGUGAUCGACACGCUGCUGAGCUUUCGGCAGCAUCUCUGGCAUGGCCCCCGAGGGGAGGAGACGGGGGAGGGGGCGAAGAACCUCGAGAGCUCCGUCUCCAGCAAGCCAGCGAGCAUGCAGGACAUGCGAAGGAUCAUGGCGAUGCGAGCCAAGGCGGUGGCAGCAGGCCGGAUGCCAACGAGCCGGAGCAUGACAGAGCCGAGAGCUGUAGACCUGCUGGAGGCGGUUGAGAGGACUGCUGAGGAGCAGCUGGAGAUGUCGUACGAGACGGGGAGGAACCUAGUGAUCGACUCGUUCCUCGUCAGGGGCAUCGACCUGAAGGUCGCUGACAUCACCAAGACAGUCAGGGGGAUGGUCAGCAUCGUGCAGACUUGCCGGGUCGACCGGCUGCUCAAGAUCCAGAACAUGCUGAGGAACCUGGCGCUGCACGAAAUGGUCCUCCAAGUCCUGCGCAUCCUGACCUCCCGAGACGUCUCGCACGUCCUGCAGGACGGGUCGCUCAACGAUCUCUUCCUGGAGUGCUACCUCUUCCUCUCCCUCUUCGUCGUCAACAACCCGGUCAACCAGGAGAUCAUCUACGAGUACCUGGAGGUCUUCGUCAUUCCCCAGCUCUUCAGCAACGGCCGCGUCUUCCUCGCCGCCUGCGACCUCUUCCUCUGCACCUUCUACAACAACCGAGUGCUCUGCUCGCGAGUCGACGACCGGGUUCUCAUGUCCAUCAUGUCCGCCAUGUCCCAGUGCGGGAACCGCUCCUCCUACCUCCAGUGCUUCGAGAUCCUCUGCUGUCCGAAGAAUAUCCCCCUAAAGCGCAAUCAGGUCAGGAUCAUGCAGUUUGUCAUCACGCAGCAGGAGAUGUUGCCGCUGUACCUCGGGGAGGACGGGCUCAGCAUUCUCCGGGCUGACCUGCUGUCGGUCGGGCACAAGAUGAAGAUGAGCAGCUUCAUCGACACUGGGGACGCGGAGGCUGCGCAGCAUGACAUGAUCGAGAGCUUCUUUCGCUGCAGGGAGGUGUCUCCUGCUGACUUCAACUCCUCCCCCAUGUUCUACGUCUCCUUCCUCCAGCUCCUCUCCGCCUGCUCCUACGGGAAGAACUCCGACACCGAGCGAGAGUGCCAGCGGCUCCUCCCGCUGCCGCGCAUGGAGGAGCUCAUCGUCAACGAGUGGGCACCUGCUCCCCUCAAGGCCGCCGCCAUCAACUUCCUCAGCAUGGCGCACUACGAAACCUCCUCCGUGCUCAUCAACCGUGCCAUCGUGCAGUCCAGGGCGAGCUGGGGGAUUCUUCGGUACCUGACGACCUGCCUGCAGAACUUCAUCAACAGGGAGAAGAAGGUGUGGAUGUGCAGCCCUGCUGAGACUCAGGCUGAGGGCACGACGCUGCUGUUGGAGGCGAUCAAGUGCUUGUCCUGCUUCUUCACUCACGUCUACCGGCCCAACCUCAUCUCCAUCGAGCAGGGAAGGAUUGCCGACACUGCCUGCGAGCUGGUCAUGAAGAUCUUCUCGGAAGGCCCGCACGACAAGAGGAUGAGUUCUCAUCUCACCGCCGCCCUCUCCAUCUUCCAGAAGCGAGACCUGCCGCACUCGCAAGUCUCCAAGGAGCUGCUGAAGACGCUGCUCAAGAGCUCUUUCAUGCAGAAGCUCGGCCACGAGAGCGUCGAUAGCUCUGCCGACGAGGCGAGCGAUCGGAUCCGCCAUGGUCUGCCGCUCUUCAUCGAGGAUCUCCGAAAUCGCGUCUCAGUGCAGGAGGAGAACAAUUCGCUCUGCCGCUCCUUCGAGCUGAACCCCAAGGCUGUCUUCAUGCUCACCAACCAGCUCCACAAGCGAUCGCCGGCCCAUCGCUUCCACUACAUCAACGUCCUCGAGUACAUCUGGUCUGCCAUGAUCUCCUCUCGCCCUCUCCUCGAGGCCAUGAGGAUCCUGCACAUCGACGAGCUCUGCUCUUCCCUCGUCCACGUCAUCUCGCUGGGAGCCGACGACAGCAUGCGGCCCGCGCUGAAGCUCUGCUCCUCUCUCCUCGAGAAGGGGAUGGAGCCCGUGCAGGAACGCUUCAGCCGCGUGCUCUGCAAGCCGAGCUCGGGGAGCUGCUUCCAGCAGCUCGCGAGGAGGCUGAAGACGGCAAGGGAGGAGGUGAGGGAGUUCAGGCUGAUAAGCAACCAGCUCAUAGCAGACAGCGAGUCGACCCUGUCGGGACGUCUCAAGACCCUCAAGGAGCUGCUGGAGGAGGCGAAGCUGAAGGAGGGCCUCGAGACUGUUGAGCGCUCGUUCCUCCCCGAGGUCCUGCGGUUCAUCCAGGCCCUCUGCCUCCGGCAUCCCCUCAACCUGCAGAGGAUCCUGGGAGGGGCCGUGCAUGGCGUCGAUCUGUGCAUGGAGGUUGCGAACCUGGUGAUCGACAUGCAGAAGAGUAUCGACUCGAUCAACAUCGACAAGCUCAUCAUGUCGGUCAAGACGCUAUGCCGGCUCACCCAGGGCCCUUGCAAGAAGAACCAGAUCACCCUCACCAAGCGCUCCUCCGUGGGGUCGACCCUCAGCAGCCUCCUCCUCCGCAUCGACGACAACCCGAAGCUCGGCUACCCCGCGGACUGGAGCCUGCACAAGUACCGCCUGAGAAUAGAGAUCGCCAACUUCUUCACCUCCAUGCUGGAGGGGCACACGCAGGACAUGUACAUCGCCAAGAGGAUGGGGCAGGAGCUGGACCUCCACGCCAUCAUCAGACUCAUCGGCCACUUGUUCGACAUCCACAUGAGACGGUCCAGGGCUGAGCUCCCUGCCCUCCAGCUCGCGCACAAGUGCUACAUCGUCCUCAAGAUCCUGCAUGACUGUGUUGAUGACUCGUUGAAGGAGGACAUCGCUCGGUACCUUGACGGCUCCUCACCCUCCGCCAACUUCUUCGCGGACACCACGGGGAGCAUCGAGGUCUUCCGCCACUCCGUGCAGCGAGUUUACUUCUGCAUCCCCGCCCUCUGCAAGCAAGUCCCUCCUGCGGCGAAGCAGCGCGUCCUCUGGUCCGUCGAUCGCAACUCGGACAUCAGCAGGCUCGCGGACUUCUGCUCCCUCGUGGAUGAGGUCUACCUGGAGGUCAAGCACGGCAUCUUGCUGACCUCCAUCAGUCUCUUCCGCGUCUUUCACUUCCUCGCCAUGAUCUCUCACCGCUGCUACAUCGUCAACGUCGUCCUCCUCAACCUCCUCAUCUUUUUCUCCUACGGCUACGUCAAGCCUCCUGUCGCUGACCCUGAAGAGCCGUUCUUCGUCCAGGCGUCGCCCUCCAGCAGCUCCGUCGCCCUCCUCCAGCUCAACGAGACGGCCUUCGUCUUCCUCCGCGACGUUUUUGCGAGCAUCCAGCUCAUGUUUGAGAUCCUCCUCUUCCUCUCCUACGUCCUCGAGGUCACCCCCAACUGGGUCAGGAGGCACCUCAACGAGCAAGCUCCCGCAAAGUUGCAGGUCAGCUCCAUGAUGGAGCAGCGGGGUCGGAAACUCCUCUUCCUCUCCCGCUACCUCCUCGUCGCCCUCUCCGACAAGAUGCUCCUGUGGAGGACCAUCACUCUUGCUCUCACCCUGGGCCUCGUGGCCUUCACGGAUCGCCGGAACAAAGCUGCUCUGCUCCUCUUUUCCGCCCUGCUCCUCGAGUUCUUCUCCCGCUCCCAGGCCAUCGGCUUCGUCGCGCGGGCAGUGCAGGAGGGCGGGAAGGCGCUACUGCACACGCUGGGGAUGGGGCUGGUGUUCAUUUUCUGGUUCGGGGUCGUUGGCUUCAUUUUCUUCCCCAACCUCUUCCAGUUCCGCAAGGCAGAGAUCGUCGACGGCUCCACCCAGCAGCCAUGGCAGAACAACCGCAGGGUCCCCUGCGGCAACGUGUGGACCUGCAUGCUGAUGGUCUUAGAUCAGGGGCUGAGGAAGAACGACGUCGGGGAGGCGCUGGACAAGAUUCCAUGGCCGACCAUGACGGACGACAAGGGCCAGUGCGAGCUGUGCCUGCCGGAGGAGGUCGGUGUGUCCUGCCCUAUGGUGAACCUCUGCCUUGGGGACAGGAACCUGGUCGCCUGGCCGCAGAGCAAGCUGUGGCUGCGCAUCCUCUACACGUUCUGCUUCUUUGUGCUGAUCUCUGCCAUCUGCCUGGAGGUGAUCUUCGGCAUCAUCAUCGACUCGUUCAAAAGGCUGAGGGAGGAGAGGGAAGAAGUUCAGAAGGACAUCGAGAGGAAGUGCUUCAUCUGCGGCCUUCCAAGGAACUUCUUCGACUCAGAGGCUGCCGGGGGGUUUGCCGUGCAUUGCAAGAGAGAUCACAACAUCUGGAUGUACAUGUACUUCCUGGUGCAUCUCAAACAGAAGGACGUGCUUGAUAUGGACGGCAUCGAGUUCUACGUAUGGAAGAGAUGGGAGCGCAGGGAUUUCUCCUUCUUCCCCAUCGGCUGCUCGCUCAACAUCCAGGGGCCUCACAAGCACAGUGCAGGAAACCUUUCGCGUCAGGUCCACGAGCUUGAAAGGAACGUCAGAGGAGAACUGUCAAAGUUCAACGUCAAAUUGAGCCAUAUGGUCAAGGCUUUCACUACUGGAGGUCUAUUUAAGCAUUCCCGAGACAUCAGGCAGGCAUACGACAGCAUCAUCACGGAGAUCGCGGAGAGGAGGAGAGUUCUUGAUACCUACUCUCCACUCCGCCUCUGA